UCAGAAACUACAACCCUAACCCCGCGUCUCAUAUCACCAUGGUGGACCAAAACCUUUACCACGUUGCUUUCCACUCCCACACCAUUUUCACCCUUCUCACCUCCACCCCUUCCCUCGUCGACUCCUGGCUCUCCGACAUCCGCCGUCUCCACCAUCGUCGCCGCCGCAGCCUGAUCGUCGGUCUCGACGUGGAGUGGCGCCCCAACACCCACCGCAACAUGAACAACCCCGUAGCCACCCUCCAACUCUGUGUGGGGUGUCGCUGCGUCGUGUUUCAGAUCCUCCACGCGCCUUUUAUCCCUCGCUCUCUCAUUUCCUUUCUCAGUGACGCCAACCACACUUUUGUUGGUGUUGGGAUCGAAGAGGACGUGCAGAAGCUUCUAGAAUUCUACUCCCUCGGCGUAGCUAACUUCGUUGACCUUCGCUCCCUCGCUGUUGAGAAGCUUGGUGACCCUGAGAUGAAGAACGCUGGGCUGAGGAGAUUGGGCCUCCGCGUUCUGGGCCUCGAGAUUGAGAAGUCCAAGAAGAUCACAAGGAGUAAAUGGGAUAAUCUACGCUUAACUACGGAGCAGGUUCAGUAUGCUUCUCUUGAUGCCUUUGUUUCCUUUGAGAUUGGACGCCGUUUGAAUUCAACUAACGGGGUUUGACUCUUCGUAUAUGGUACUUUCUUAACAGUAUAAUACAGUUGGUGGUUUCAUGUUUUUUUUCUCUAGAACUAGUUGAUAAUGUUCUUCACGUCUUCAUUU